AUGAAGCAAGAAUUGGUUAAAAAUAAAAGACGUUCGAGACGUCAAUCAACGAAAGAUAAUACGAAUGAGAAUAAGAUUGAAAAUACUUCUUUAAAUACUAUUAAUAAUAAUAAUAAUAAUAAUAAUAAUAGCAAGAAGAAAAAGAAAACUGAAUUCCAAUUUAAAGUGAUUCCAAAGCCUACUAAGAGUCCUAAAAAAUCAGUAGAGUGCGGGACUCAAACUCUACCUUCGAUUUGCGUAUCCUUUGAAAGCAUUUUUAUCUCAGAGGAAACAAGAAGAAAAAGUGUUUGUAUUGGAUCAAUAAGUGAAGGUAGAUUGUCCAAAAGGGAUUUAAAGGAAGUUGAUGAGAAACGAAGGUUUUCUGUAGGUGACGAAGGCUCUCGGAUAGUUUCAACUGAGAUAUCAAAGGAAGGGUUGAGUUCAGAAGUUGCAACUGCUGAUAUCAAUAAAACAGUUUUAGCUUUUGAAGAUAAUUAUGAUAAAAACGUUCUAAAAACUAUUCAGGAUUUGCAGGAAGCAUAUACUGAGCAAAAGCGACAUGGUAAGAAUAAUACCGAUUUACCUGUGCGUAUUAAUGAAACUAAUACUUCAUGGCCUUUAGUACCAUCUUGUUGCAAAAGUAGGUUACAUCAAUAA